AUGCUGCGGGCGCGCGAGGCGGCGCAGUUCCUGCGGCCCAGGCAGCGCCGCGCCUACCAGGUCUUCGAGGAGGCCAAGCAGGGCCACCUGGAGCGGGAGUGCGUCGAGGAGCUGUGCAGCCGCGAGGAGGCCCGCGAGGUGUUCGAGAACGACCCCGAGACGGAGUAUUUCUACCCUCGCUACCUAGAUUGUAUCACCAAGCAUGGCUCCCCAUACACCAGGAACCCCAACUUUGUCUCCUGCGUUCAAAACCUGCCCGACCAGUGCUCCCCGAACCCCUGCGACAGGGAGGGCACCCUGCUCUGCCAGGACCUCAUGGGCAACUUCUACUGCCAGUGCAGAGCCGGCUGGGGGGGGCGGCUCUGUGACAGAGACGUCAACGAGUGUGGCCAGCAGAAUGGAGGCUGCACGCAGAUAUGCUACAACCGGCCUGGCAGCUUCCACUGUGCCUGCUACAGCGGCUACACGCUGCUGGCUGAUGGCCGCACCUGCCAAGAUGUGGACGAGUGCGCAGACCCUGGGGCCUGCGGGGCGGCGCGCUGCGGGAACCUACCCGGCUCCUACUCCUGUCUGUGCGACGCGGGGUUCACAUUCAGCGCCCGGGAGAAGGCCUGCCGAGAUGUGGACGAGUGCGCGGAGGGACGCUGCGAGCAGGCCUGCGUCAACGCGCCGGGGAGCUACACCUGCCACUGCGACGGCCGCGGGGGCCUCAAGCUGGCGGAGGACAUGAACACCUGCGAGGACAUUCUGCCCUGCGUGCCUUUCAACGUGGCCAAGAGUGUGAAGUCCUUGUACCUGGGCCGCAUGUUCAGCGGGACGCCCGUGAUCCGCCUGCGCUUCAAGCGGCUGCAGCCCACCAGACUCGUGGCAGAGUUCGACUUCAGGACCUUUGACCCUGAAGGGGUCCUCUUCUUUGCCGGAGGCCACCAGGACAGCACCUGGAUCGUGCUGGGCCUGCGGGCCGGCCGGCUGGAGCUGCAGCUGCGGUACCAGGGCGUGGGCCGCGUCACCAGCAGCGGGCCCGUCAUCAGCCACGGCAGGUGGCAGACAAUCUCCGUGGAGGAGCUGGAGCGGAGCCUGGUAGUGAAGGUGAACAAGGACGCUGUGAUGAAGAUCGCCGUGUCGGGGGACCUGUUCCAGCUGGAGCGGGGGCUCUACCACCUGAACCUGACCGUGGGCGGCCUCCCCUUCAAGGAGAAGGACCUGGUCCAGCCCAUGAACCCCCGCCUGGACGGCUGCAUGCGGAGCUGGAACUGGGUGAACGGGGAGGACGGCUCCAUCCAGGAGACCGUCAGGGUGAACGGGAAGAUGCAGUGCCUGUCAGCGGCCGAGCGCGGCUCCUUCUACCCCGGCCGCGGCCUUGCCUUCUACAGCCUGGCCUACGCUCGCACGUCCCCAGACCUGGGCACCGAGGCCACCUGGGAGAUAGAGGUCGUGGCUCGGAUCCGCCCCGCCACUGACACGGGGGUGCUGCUCGCGCUGGUGGCCGAGGACCAUGCCGUGGCCCUGUCCGUGGCCCUGGUGGACUACCACUCCACCAAGAAGCUCAAGAAGCAGCUGGUGGUGCUGGCCGUGGAGAGCAUCGCCCUGGCGGUGAUGGAGAUCAAGGUGUGUGACGGUCAGGAACACGUGGUACGGGUCUCGGUGAGGGACAGCGAGGCCACCCUGGAGGUGGACGGCACCAGGGGCCAGAGCGAGGUGAGCCCCGCGGGGCUGCAGGAGCGUCUGGCUGUGCUUGGGAGGCACCUGCAGGGACCGGUGCUCACCUUCGUCGGGGGACUACCAGAUGUGCCGGUCACUGCUGCGCCCGUCACGGCCUUCUACCGCGGCUGCAUGACGCUGGAGGUCAACCGGAAGGCGCUGGACCUGGACGAGGCCGCCUAUAAGCACAGCGACAUCCUGUCCCACUCCUGCCCCCCGGUUGAGCCGGCCGCCCCCUGACCGGCGCCUGCCAGACGGAGGCCCGACCCUCUGCUGUGAAUGUGUAAAUAGUGGGAGACGGACCUCCCGGCCGGAACCACACCCCACCCUCGGCACCACGGGAGCGGCGGCUGGCUCCCGCCAGAGCGUGCCCACGAAGAUAACGCUGUUAUUUUUAUUACCAGAUGCUUCUUUCUGACCUGAAACUAUGGGGAAAUAAAAUCUUCACAGACGUCUUUCUA